GAUAUACAGGUCCUUCUCACCAGCAGCUUCAUUUCAGUGAGGUUCACACUUUAGCCACAAGCAGGUCGCUGCCCUCACGCUGAGUCUUGUCCUUCAACGGAGGUUCUGCCGAGCGUGCUCAAUAACCAAUUCCACACACCCUUUUCCUAUCAGUUCACAAGACUCUCCAUGUUAGCCUCUGUGUUAUUGGAUCAGCUGUGCCCCAGCAGCACACCUUACACUCCCAGAAGGAUGACUGAUGAACAGUUUGACGUUGGCCCACCACCCUUGACCAAUAUCUGCCAAACUUUGUCAGAAUGCCAGACAAGCCUUAUGUUGCAAUCUGCGCAGAAGAAGUUGAACGAGGCAACGCACAAACUGGACAAACUAUCCCAGGAGCUGGACUCGAUGUGGUCCACACAGAGCAGCCCCCUGGUUACUGACGUCGCUCAAUCUGAUAGCAAGACCUAUCAGAAAGAGAGCUCGGUGACCGCUUCGACAUCGUCCAACAUGUAUGGCCCAAGUUGGACCGAAUCGCAGAGUAAACGUGACGAGCUGUUGCCAGUCAUUAAUGUGACUCAAUCCUCCUCUCCGCAGCCAUUACCAACCUACACACCACUGGUACCCCCCCAGCAGCCUCCCACACCCUACGCUUUCAAUCCCAUGUUCGAUCAGUCACCCUCUCCCCGGGCAAUGGUGCCAGGCUCGCCAAUGCUCCAUCAGCAGGAGCCCCGCGCUCCAUUCGACCGAGCGCCCUCUCCCCGACCCGGGUUUAGCCCCAUGACCCGGUUCGAGAAUCCCGAGCCCUCCGCCCACCCUCUCGCGGGUGUUGCCCACGAGCCCCAGACUUUGCCCGGUGGGACCGUGGAAUGCCCACUCCCCCAGCAGCCAGGCUUGUUCAGCCCGGUGCCGUCGGCCUACGCAGGACCCUUGGGCAACACCAGAGUCUCCCCCCAUGAGAACGUUCCGCCGCUGCUGCUUUCUGCUGCCUCUCGGCAUCCCCCCGACCGCUACGAGAUGCUUUUGGAAGCUCAGGACGGAAGAGGUAUGAGUGGCUUCGCACUCAAUCCUGGAGCAUUCACAGUCGGUACAGGUGACUCUCUGAAGAAGAAGAAGCCUGGUGUGUGGGCUGAAGCUGAUUUAGACAUCGCAUAUGAGAAGAAACCUUCACAGACUCCUAGCUAUGAAACCAAGCGUGAGCAGAACUGGAACACAGUGAAGCACGGAGGGAGCUGGAGGCAAACGGACCUCGAUUUGGCAGUUCUCCCAAACAAGGCUUCAGCAAGACCGAGCAAGGCAUUCAAUUCAAUUCAGAUAUACGGCACCCUACCCAAGGGAACUGUCCCACCCCAAUGGAGACGCGAGACUGCCCACCAGCAGAGGAAGACCCCCCUGCCCAGCUCUCCCCAGCACAGCCUCUGGCCCAACUUGCCAUCCCCGAUCGUGUCCCGGACCAGCGUCCCACUGUCAGGCUCCCGGCCCUCGUCCAUCAAGGAGCGCAGGAACGUCCUGCCCCUCUCGGUGCUGAUCAGACCAACCAUCGUCAACCGGGGCCAGGGAAGGAUCGCCGCUGGGGCUAGGCUCCCUCAGGACCACUUUGCUGCCUCUCCGAUGAUGCGAUACCCACUAUUCCAGCCGAUAACGGAAGCUGGCAGGAAGAUGCCUGAUUUCUCAGCUCUGCCCUCCGACGCCCGGCACACCCCCCUUCCUCUGCCAGAGAUAGGCGAGGUAGAGACAGAGAUUGCCAACAUCCUGCAGCCUGGAGACUCCCCCGAUCCAGAGAGCAUUCCCCGGCCCCUGUCACCCACCCGCCUACAGCCAGUCUCCCUGCCGGACUCCGAGGCUAUCCAGGACAUGGAGGAGCUGAUGCGAAUCCGAGCCGCCAUUCCGCGCCCCCUGAAGAGACGGACGUCCAUCGAGCAACCUGUGCAGUGGCUGGUCCCCAUGCAGAAACAAGCCCACCUUUACCAGCAGCUCACCAAACUCUUCACCCGCAGCGGAGCUGGCCAGAGAAAACAGCAGGAUCCUGCUGAGGGCAGUGCCUUGCCCAGCUCACCACAGACCUCGCCUGCUUCGGAGUCUAACGUUGCCCCAGGUCUUCCCACCCUGAUACUGGAAUUUCCAACGUCACCGUCCACAUCGCUUGUGAAGCGUUCAAUCCUGAAGCAAGGAGACAGCUCUGGGCCAAGCAAAACCACGAGGGCACGGCUGAAUCCUUUAGUGGUGUUGCUGGACGCUGCGUUACUCGGGGAGCUGGAGGUGGUGAAGCGAGUGGUGUAUGAGAUGGACGACCCGAGUCAAUCCAACGACGAGGGCAUCACAGGGCUCCACAACGCCGUGUGCGGUGGGCAUUACGACAUCGUAGAGUUCCUCGUCAACUUUGGAGUCAACAUCAACGCAGCCGAUGGCUAUGGAUGGACCCCCCUGCACUGUGCAGCGUCCUGUAAUGACUUAGCAAUCUGCACUUUCCUGGUGAAGAAAGGGGCAGCGAUCUUCUCAACAACUCUGAGUGACGGAGACACGGCUGCAGAGAAAUGUGACCGUUACUUGGAUGGUUAUGAGGAAUGUGCUCGAUUUCUGUUCAUUGUUUCCCAGAGUGAGGCCAGCGGUGUAGGAUGGAGACGCAUCCUCUCCAUGGACAGACUUACACCAGUUCCGUCAGACAGCAGCGGGAACACUGGCUCCAAGUGCUGGGUGCCGCAGCUUGGACCAUCAGCUGAUGCUGUGUGA